AGGGGGGGCUCUCUUCGUUUUCUUACGUAGCUUCUAUCUUCUUCUUCUUCUUCCGUCGCCAGUCGGGGUCGCGGCCGCCACCGCCGUCCUCCCCGCCGUCCGCGAAAAGAGAGGGAACGGCGGACAAAAAGAGUAAAUUUUCGGAAAAAGGAGCGAUCGAAUUCGCUUGCGGAAAGCGAUUGCGCUUUGAUUUGGUGGAUCUACGGAUCUAACGCUCUCGAGCGGUCGCCCACAUGCUCUGUCUCUGUUCCUCUUUUUAGAUCUCCAUCGCUUUCGUCCGGUGUCGAUUCAGCCGCAAACCUAAAUUUGUACUUUUGCAGGUGAGUGGCGGUUGUCAGUUUUGGGUUUGGAGUUGGUGGUGCAGCCGAAUUGGAUGUGGAGCCAGACUCGGAGGCUCACUUAGGUGAGAUGAGGGAUGUUAUCGAGGUUGUUAAAUUUUCUGAGGGCUUGCUGGCGGCCGUCCUCGGACCGUUAUGUGCACACGGGUUCGGAUUUAGGGGGCCGGCAAGAUGGACUUCUUUGGUACAAAGACACUGGGCAGCACUUGAAUGGGGACUUCUCAAUGGCGGUUGUUCAGGCCAAUAAUUUGCUCGAAGAUCAGAGCCAGAUCGAGUCAGGCUCCUUGAGUUUUCUUGACUCAGGUCCUUAUGGCACCUUCAUUGGAGUGUAUGAUGGCCAUGGUGGACCUGAGACAUCGCGUUUCAUUAAUGAUCACCUCUUCCAGAAUCUGAAGAUGUUUGCAACUGAGCAAGAAUCUAUGUCCGUAGAUGCUAUUAGGAAGGCUUACCAAGCAACGGAAGAGGGAUUCUUCUCUCUUGUUACUAAACAAUGGCCCAUGAAGCCCCAGAUUGCUGCUGUUGGAUCGUGCUGCCUGGUUGGUGUUAUUUCUGGUGGGACGCUCUACAUUGCCAACUUGGGCGAUUCUCGGGCUGUUCUGGGUAGGGCUGUAAAGGCGACCGGCGAGGUCCUCGCCAUCCAGCUUUCAUCAGAGCAUAAUGUGUGUAUAGAGUCCGUUCGGCAGGAGAUGCAUUCUUUGCAUCCAGAUGACUCUCAAAUCGUGGUCUUAAAGCAUAAAGUAUGGCGUGUAAAGGGCCUCAUACAGGUUUCUAGAUCCAUUGGUGAUGUGUAUCUGAAGAAGGCUGAGUUCAACAGGGCGCCUUUAUAUUCCAAGUUUCGCCUUCGCGAACCUUUUAGAAGGCCAAUUUUAAGUUCUGAUCCAUCUAUAUCAGUGCAUGAUCUCCAGCCUCUUGAUCAGUUUGUGAUAUUUGCUUCUGAUGGACUGUGGGAGCACCUUAACAACCAAGAAGCAGUUGAUAUAGUUCAAAAUCAUCCCCGUAAUGGAAUUGCUCGGAGGCUUGUGAAAGCUGCCUUGCAGGAAGCGGCGAAGAAAAGAGAGAUGAGGUACUCCGACUUGAAGAAAAUUGACCGUGGUGUCCGCAGACAUUUCCACGACGACAUCACAGUCAUUGUUGUAUUUCUCGACUCGAAUUUAGUCAGCAGAGCCAGCUCAACCAAAGGACCCACCGUGUCCUUGAGAGGGGGAGGUAUACCUGCAAAAACUCUGGCCCCCUGUGCAACACCAGUGGAAGUUUAGUGUUGCCUAAUGAAGCUGCUAAACCGAUGCUACUAGGAUUUACUGUAACAAUCAACUCGUUGAAUCUGAGAGAUUGGGAAGGUGCGGCUCAUUAUUAAUUCUUUAAUGUAGAAUGUAACAUUUUACCCGGGACUUGUAUUUUAUGUCAGCUUACUUGAUCACAAUGAUGGGAAGAAUCAUGGGGGGAAAGCUUCAAAAGUGACAGCAAAGAUUUUUGUGGGCAACUCUUUUGACUUGCA